ACAACCUCCCAACCACGACAGUUUCCAAGUUAUGAAUGAAUGGCGAGAGCCAAUCAGUUGUAUUUUGAAUCUUGAACUUGCAUCAGUGUCGAGGUGAGGGACUGUUUUCUGACGCACAGCGCACGUAGUGUGAGUGUUUUUGCCGCGAACGUAUUUUCGAAAAUUUUAGUUUGUUUUUUUUUGAUCUCGAAAGAUUCAUUGUAGUUUGAAGUUGGAUACAGUUAGUAAAUCAAAACAAAUUGAUCCACGCACUUCUAUUAAACAAGCUAACGAAGUAUGAUUGUCCAUUAAAGUGAUCGAUUUUCUUCGAUCGAAGACUAGAAAGGAUGUUGCUGCGACUGUCGGUCUUUUUUCUUUGGGUAUUUAUUCAAAGGAGUACAGGUUCACCACUUCAUGGGGGUUGUACAUCAUCAGAAGACUGUGGAACAAUAGACACUUAUUGUAAGAACGAAACAUGUGUAUGCCGGGACAAUUUUGCAGUUUGGUACGAUAGUUGCGUACAAAUGCCUACACCAGCCCUCCGGUGUUCAAAGAAGCAAGAAUGCCAUAAAUCCCUGGGAGCACGCAGUAUGUGCACCAAAAAGGGCCAGUGCGCCUGUAAACCUUUCCACCACAUACACUCAGGACAGUGUGUCAAAAACCGUGAUUUACACGACCAAUGUGAACACGAUCAUCAGUGCUAUUGUGGAGCGGAAUGUCAAGGAAAAAUUGCCUGUAUACACAAAAGCUGUGCUUGUAAACCAGGACACAGGCCGUAUAAAAUUCGAAGAUGUAUUCUGGAUCCGGCAUAUAUAGACAUCCCUAGUAUCUACAAUUUAACAUCAUCAACACCAAGAACAACUACAACAUCCAUAAUUGCUUCAGCAACAACAAUAAUGACCCCAGUGGCAACAACAGUGUUCACAGUGGACAAAAACAAAUCUGAGGAUCAAGCAGAACACAACGAACCCAUGGAACAACGCGCUUCUACCUCAAGAUCUUCUAGUAGUUUAGUAUCCGGACAUUUAGUUGCCACGUUUUUGCUGGUAACUGCUUUGAACAUGUAACGUGUGACUUGACUGUAUUUUUUAGUUAGUGAAACGUAUGUACAAAGAAUAUUUAGUUUGGUAGUGAGGUAGUUUAAGUAUUUUAUAUUAAGAUAGUAAUAAAUUUCUUUACUUUUAAAA